GUUCAGAUGACAGUUGCACUGGCGAUGACGGUGAUGAUGACAGGGCUGGUGCUGGAGUCAGUGUCUGCGCUUCCAAUGAGAUAUUACAGGACACGACCAUUUGUAGCACAGUCUCCUUUGACUAUCCACAGCCCAGUCUCUGGUGCCCAAAUUGCCUUGACUCGCGGCAUCCCUCUCAGACAGUUUGUACACUCAGGCCUGCAAUCUGUGGGCGACUACGCAUAUUUUGAUGACGUCGCCGCGGCAGGAGAUCCAGGCUAUCCUUACAGGCAAAACAGUCACGUGGUGGUUUUAAAUAAACCAAAACUGGAUAAUGUGAACAUUGGAGCGCAUGUUAGGCCAGGAUUUUAUUGA